UAUCGGGCACACGAUUACCACAAACACACCGGUCACAAACACAGGCCAUUUAUAUUACCGCUGUGUGCGUUUCUUUUGCGCACAAGUAAAACCAUGGUAUCACGAUUUCUUGAUGGGUAUAUUCAAAAUGCACAUGAGCUAUAUCACACAGCAUGAAAUAUGCAUGUGCGAGAUGUGGCUAGUAGUAGUAAGAAUAUUAACCCCGUUUACCGAUGAGUGCAUGAUAACCGGCGAUUUUCGGUGAUUUGGCAAUUUGGGUGGAAUUCGUGUUAAUUCACCGAAAAGAGUUAAUCAGUUCCUUAUUAGUAUUAUCAUGUUUGGAGAUUUAUUUGGCGAAGACGAGACAUAUUCUGGCACGAACCAAAAUUCGCCCGAGCGAUUCAGCGGAAAGGAUGGGCCCCAACAACCCCCCUUGCUCCGGGGAAGUACCGGCCUGGCGGGCAUCGCAAACCAGGGUGCAACUUGUUAUUUGAAUUCACUUCUUCAGACAUUGCUCUUCACACCAGAAUUUAGAGAAUCUCUCUUUGCUCUGGGACAAGAUGAACUGGGAAAUAUUGCAGAUAGGGAGAAACCAGGGAGUAAGGUGCGAGUUAUUCCCAUCCAUCUUCAGCGGUUGUUCGCUCGUCUUCUGUUAUUAAACCAAGGGAGUGCAUCCACUGAAGAACUAACAGAUAGCUUUGGAUGGACCAACAAUGAGGAGCUACAACAGCAUGAUGUUCAGGAGCUGAACAGAAUACUGUUCUGUGCCAUAGAGGACAGUCUUGUGGGUACCUCCGGAGAACUCUUGAUCUCAAGACUCUAUAGAGGAUCAAUUGUUAACCAGAUUACAUGUGAAGAGUGCAAUAGAAUAAGCGAGAGACCGGAGGAUUUUGUUGACCUUACGCUGGCUGUCGGGGGCUAUGUAGGAGUGAUGGACACUCUGAGAUCUUGCUACGUGGAUGAGGAAAGGAUGGAGGGUAGCAAUCAGUAUAGGUGUGACCGGUGCAAGAAAUUAGUCAAUGCAAGGAAGGGAGCUAGGAUACGGUCGUUACCACCGAUAUUAACCAUCUCGUUGCUAAGGUUUAGCUAUGAUUUUGUCAAGCUUGAGAGGUACAAAGAGACCGGGCAUUACACCUUUCCAUUGGAGCUUGAUAUGGCUCCGUACUGUGAACAGGCCACAGAUGAAGCCCUGUAUGAAUUAUACUCUGUAGUGCUUCACAGCGGUAGUACACAUGGAGGUCAUUAUCAUGCAUAUAUUAGAGAUGUGGACAACCUUGGAACAUGGUCCGAACCGCGUAAUGAGCUUAUACAGCUGACCCCUGACACAGGAAGUGAAAAGGAUGACAUCAUCGAUAUGAAAUCACCACAGCAGUGUCUUACAGCACUCCUUAGGAAGCAUGGCGGACCCGAACAUGUGUUGACUGUUGAAAGACUGUGCCAGGUUCUAAACGAGGAAACUGGCGUUUCAUGGAAUAAGCGUUUCAAGAGACAGUAUGGAACCUUGACUAAGUUCCUGAAAAAGUACAAUGACCUCUUUGAGCUGAACACGGCAGGCACCCUCGUGCAUCUAGUAGAUCCCAUGAAAGGAAAGGCAUCCAACCCCGACCAGACUCCCUCCAACUCGCCCAGAGAGGGCGCCAGAACGGCAACAGCUUCAGAAGAGAGCAGGCGGGAAAACCAGGACCAAAGUAAUAAGGAGAAGGCUAUUGCAAGAGCUACUGCAAAGAUCCCAGAACCAGGCCAGUGUUGGUAUGACUUCAACGAUUCCUCGGUGGAGCCCAUCAGAGAGAGCGCCCUCUACAGGCAGUUUCAAGGAAGGGAGAGUGCCUAUAUGCUGCUUUAUAGAAGAAAGACGAUGACUCGUCCAAGCCAAGCAUAUAACAAUCCCUAUCAUCAGAUGCCUGCAUGGCUAAUGGCUGAACUGGAAACGGCCAAUCAGGAGCUUGAAAAGCGAAGGGAAGAAUACGAUAAAGCCAUCAACUCAGUUGAACUCAGCAUACUCCUGGCAAGUGACUGUGUCUGGGCACGAGGAGCACUGCAGCUUGCAGCUGACAAAGAAGCUAUCAAGAUUACACUUGACCGCAGGAAAACAGUGACACAUCUCAUGGAACUCAUCAAAGAAAAAGUGCCUGAGAAUAACAAUGAGUGCCUUCAUGUUGCCAAAAUGCUUCCAUCAGGAUUUCAUUUGUAUGAUUCUUUAACAGACACCCCAGAUAAGACCCUUCAAGAUUGUUAUGUAACUGAUCAAAGCUUUGUAUUUCUUUGGGAUGGCAAACAGGUUGGUGGGAAUUCCAUUCUGGUUGGCCCAAACAGCGAGCCAGUUUUGCUCAUUCUAACCUUCAAGCCUGCACCACCCAACAACACCCCUAACCGAUCAACGCCACCAUCCUCCCACCCUUCCACUGAACCAAUAUCCACCCAAGACACCCCUACCGAGCUCCACCAUGGGUUCCCUAAAGACGCCCGGGUAUCAGAGCUGCGGUGCAUGGUGUCAGAUCUCGUAGGUGUCCCGAAGCACCGGCUGAAGCUGAGUAGGGUGCAGUCGGUACCAGUGGUGGUGUCUUCGGAUGAUGAUGGUAGGACGCUCACCCAGCUUGGGUUCUCCGAUGAAGAUAGGCUGGUGAUUGAAUCAACAGGCAAGGACAGUCCCAACUGCCAAGGGGAUUCUCCUGCAGACGUUGAAGUCAACAAACAAAAGAAUGCUGUAAAACUCACGGUAGAGAACCGAUGCGUGGAUCCGAACAAUGAUGGUGACUGGCCUGUCAAGCAGAUCAGCAUAUCCAAAGACAAGACUGUAUUUGAAUUAAAGCAGCUGGUCAUCAACAAUCAUGGUCUCUAUGGUAACCAAAGACCAAAGGAAGGAUGCAGGUUGAGAAUAAGUGAUGAUGCUCUUGGUCUUUUACCUCCUUUACAUGAAAACCAGAGCAUAGCAGAUUCUGGAAUCAAGAAAGGCAAGACCAUUGUCAUAGAAACAGGACUUCCUCCAACAUCCAAUGAGCUCACCCUAAAUUUCAGUCUCAUGUCUAGCAACAAAUCCUGGGAUAUGAUGGUGGAAAAAUCUACUUCCAUGACAGAGUGUCUGACAAAAAUGUUGAGCAUAGCAGGAAUGGAGGGCUCCCCCUAUCAUCUGAGGAAGACCAACUGGUGUGGUGAAGCAGCUGAUAUCAUCACUGAUAUGGAGAAAAGUCUAACGGAGCUUCACAUCCAAGAUGGAGAGCUUCUGAUGCUGGAGGAGGGGCGUGUACCUCCCAAGGGGUAUCUCCUGCUCCCCGUUUGGCUCUAUCCCUCACCAGUGAGGACCGGUGGAGCCGACGAAGGAGGGGGAGAGGGAGGGGCGUCGUCCUGGAUCCCUCAUGUUCAAUUUUCAAACAUCCUGAAUAGCUUAACCAGUGUCAACAGUCCCAACCACGACAUCCAACAGUCAUUAGAGCCUCCGCCCAAUCAGAACGAGCUCCUCGGAGAGAUUGAGAUAUCCCACAAUGCGACAGUCGGUGACCUCAAGAAUCAGGUCAUGACCCUGCCCGCCAUGAGCCAGGUUGUCGUGCCGACGGUAGAGUUUCUGCGUCUUCGGCUGCUGGAAGAUGGGAGGCUGGGAAGAGUGUUGAGAGAUCACAACCAAAGUCUCAAGUAUGCCAAGGUCAAUACCUCAUCACACAUAGCUGUUCAGAUCCUUCAAGAAGAAGAAAAUCUCAGACAAUCGGAGUUUGUCCUGGCUUUCCAAAAGAGAGUACCUGAUACCAGGCUCUACGGACCUGCUGAGGAACUCGUCUGGGAGGCUGGGAAGUCUGCUGCCCCCAUGAGUCUCCGGCAAGCCAUUGCCGAUCGCUUGUUGAUUCCAGUGGAGAGAGUGGCUCUUGCCAAACACCUGAUGAAGAAAGGGGACUGGAUUGUAAUCCCUGAAGAUAAGAAGGUAUCAGAUACUGGGAAAGGAAGAGGAGGAGGUGGAGGAAAGAAAAAGGGCAAAGGUCAGACUCAUAAACCAAUCAAUUUGAAGCAAGUGCCAUACAAUCUACACGAUGGAGAUUUGUUCGGUGUUGUGGAUUUGAAAGAUGACCCUUUCAGGAAGGAUGACUUCACCACCAUCGAAGAUGAUAGAGUGAAGGAGAAAAAGCAAGAGGAAGAGGAAGAGAAGAAGAGGAACCGACGCGAUAGAAGAAAUGCUGUCUCCCUGGGCGGGGGAGAAUACAAAGAGAGACCAAAGAAACAAGAAGUUGGACUGACGAUUAAAGUAGAUAACUUCAGGUGACAGGAGCCUUGAUCACAUGCAGAACUUGGUACGAUUUAAGUCGGGAUUAAAAGAACUUUUUGGACCCGCGUUUGUACUAGACGGUAUUGGUGCAAUUUGAACUAUGAGUAGAGAGAUCAAAGUAAAAAGAAAUUGGACUGACAAUUUUAGUUGAUAAUUUCAGGUGACAGGAGCCUUGAUCACAUGCAGAACUUGGUACGAUUUAAGUCGGGAUUAAAAGAACUUUUUGGACCCGCGUUUGUACUAGACGGUAUUGGUGCAAUUUGAACUAUGAGUAGAGAGAUCAAAGUAAAAAGAAAUUGGACUGACAAUUUUAGUUGAUAAUUUCAGGUUUUAGGAGUCUUGUUCAUAUGCAACUCAAAACUGAAAACAAACCUUAUAGGCCUAUAUUUGUACAAGAUGAUAUUACUAGUAGUGCAAUUGAAUUGUGUAGAGAUCAAAGAAAGGAGAAAUUGGAUUAAUAAAGAUGGUAACUUCAGGAGA